AUGUUAGAACAUAUACCUUCUGAAAAUAUUUCACUGUUGGCACACGACAUUACUGAUUGUCCAAUUUAUUUAAAGAAAAAAGUUCUAAAAGCUAUUGAUAUGGACGAUGAUGAUAAUACAAAAACUGGAGGACUUGCAAAAAAAAUAACAGUUAAAAUUGGAGCAAAAAUUAUGCUUCGAAGAAAUAUUGAUAUUACACUAGGACUCGUAAAUGGAACUAUUGCUACAAUUGUUGGAGUUUCACGUAAUACUGAAAAUAAUGUAGAAACAUUAACAAUAACGUUACCAAAUGGAAAGCAGCAUAAUAUUGAACGUAUUAAUGUGAAGUUUCAAGUAAUGGAUAAAGCGUACGUUAUACGAAAACAAUUUCCUAUAACGCUUAGUUAUGGAAUAACUAUUCAUAAAAGUCAGGGUUUGAGUUUAAAAUUAGCUAUAAUUGAUGCUGGAAAUUCUGUAUUUAGUUGCGGUCAAAC